CAAUCAGCUGACCUGUUCUCCAACGCCACAUGCAACAUGUCCACCAACGACUCAGCAUCCUGCUCCCCUGUGGACGAUGGAAUGGGAGCAGGAAGUCCAUAUAAAGCUCUGGAGAUGUUUUUUAUCGCCCUGGUUACGGGAUCUCUGAGCUUUGUGACUGUGACAGGAAAUAUAUUAGUCAUGUUAUCCAUCAAAGUAAACCGCCACCUACAAACUGUCAAUAACUAUUUCCUGUUUUCAUUAGCGUGUGCCGACUUGAUCAUUGGUGUUUUCAGCAUGAAUCUGUACACGGUCUACAUCAUCGUGGGCUACUGGCCGCUCGGGCCCGUGGUCUGCGACUUGUGGCUGGCUUUAGAUUACGUCGUCUCAAACGCCUCAGUGAUGAAUUUACUGAUCAUCAGCUUCGACCGCUACUUCUGCGUGACCAAGCCGCUCACCUACCCGACAAGGAGGACAACCAAGAUGGCAGGGUUGAUGAUCGCGGCGGCGUGGAUCCUGUCGUUCAUCCUCUGGGCUCCUGCCAUCCUGUUCUGGCAGUUUAUCGUUGGACAGAGGACGGUGCCACCUGGAGAGUGUUAUAUUCAGUUCCUUUCUAACCCCGUGGUGACGUUUGGGACGGCCAUAGCAGCGUUCUACCUUCCCGUCAUUAUUAUGACCGUCCUGUACAUCCACAUCUCCCUGGCCUCCAGGAGCAGGGUCUCCAAACACAAACCUGAGAAGAAAGAGAAGAAGGGGAUAAAAACUCCAAGCUUGAUGAAGAGUCACCUGCUAAAGCAGAACAACAACAACGAGACCAGUCCUCAGGCCAGUCCCCGCUCCACUCCCAAACUCAGCCUGGACUCCACCACCACUGCGCUGGAGGCCGUGAAGAACGGCAGAGUGGAGGAACCGAAACCUGCUCAGCCUCAGCUUCCACAGCCCAGUCCAGGACUCACACAGGAGGAAAAAGAGAGCUCCAACGAUUCGUCCACAGCGUUUAUUCCUCCGACGGACCCAAAGGGCAACGCCAACAGCAAAGUCAUAUCUGAGGCUGCAACAAAUGCCAACCCAGUUGCUACGACAGCAACCAAUCCCACCACCAUGGCCAAGAUCAACCCCUCCUCGAGGUGGUCCAAGAUCAAGAUCGUAACCAAGCAGGCCGGGGACGAGUGCAUCACGGCCAUCGAGAUCGUCCCACCCGUGGAGGGAGCCGAGAGGCACUCCAUCCCCAUCAGCCGACCCAGGACCGUGGCCAGGAAGUUUGCAAGCAUCGCUAGAAGCCAAGUGAAGAGGAAAAGACAGAUGGCUGCCAGAGAGAAGAAAGUGACCAAGACUAUCUUCGCCAUCCUGCUGGCUUUCAUCAUCACAUGGACGCCGUAUAACGUCAUGGUGUUGAUCUCGACCUUCUGCCAGUCCUGCGUCCCAGACACCGUGUGGGCUAUCGGCUACUGGCUGUGUUACGUCAACUCUACCAUCAACCCGGCUUGUUACGCGCUGUGCAACGCCACGUUCAAGAAGACGUUCAAGAACCUGCUGCUGUGCCAGUAUAAAAACAUAGGUACGAGAUGA